AUGAAACAUUCUCCGCCGUCGUCAAUUCAAAUUUCUCCAUCUGUCUAUCCAACUGCUCGUCGUGAUGAGUCAAUUGUGGACAACUUUCACGGAACUAAGGUCCCUGAUCCAUACCGCUGGAUGGAGGAUCCUGACGCUGAAGAGACGCGUCACUUUGUCGAUCAGCUUAAUGCGAUCUCGGAAUCGUUCCUAGCCAAAGCUCCAAGUCGCGAUAAGAUCAGAAAACGGGUUUUUGAUACCAGCAUCAUGGAGUCUUCCAAUGUAUGA